AUGCGCCUCUCAUUUUUACUAGGCCUAGCUGGGCUAGUAAAUGCCAUAGAGCAAUCUGAUGGCACUUACUCCAGCACAGUCUACAUCACACGAACAGCGACAGGAAGCUCACCUUCUGCCCCCUACACGGCAAUCGACGACGCGAUAGCCUAUGCGCAGAGAAACAAUAUUCCCACAGUUACAGUUCUACCUGGAACUUAUGCCGCCGUCACUAUAUCAGCAACACCGUCCGUGGCAGUUUACGGCAAGACCAGCAAUCCAAACGACUUCACGCAAAACCAGGUCGUCGUAUCAAGUGAUGGAACAGCUCUCGCAAUAUCCGCCGACAUCGCCGGUAUUACUGUCAGAAACAUUAACUUCAUCGAUACCUCAUCCUCAGGCGAGGCAGCUUCCCUCAAAGGAAACAAGAACGGAUUCUAUCAGUGCCAAUUCAUAUCCGGCUCAACCGCAAUCACGAUGAACCCCGGCGUUGGCUUAAUUGCGAAUAGCUACAUCGAAGCUUCCGACAAAGUAAUAGCCGGUCAAGGAAAUCUUUACGUUUUCAACACGGCUAUUGUUCCCUCACAAGACUCUGCGCUGGUCGUCCAAUAUCAAGGGACGAUGUCUAGCAACCCCAAGAGCGACCUUUUCAAAUCAACUAUUGUGAUCGAUCGAUCGUCAGUGUCGCAAAAGGCCAGAGGAAACUCCAAGGACUGUUAUUUAGCCGGUGCUUCCGGGAAAGGCUCAGUAGUGGUAUACCGAAGUUGCAUCUUAGGGAGCCUUAUUGCGCCUUCCGGAGUUCAUGUCGACAGCACAACCCAAGAUGAGAGCAACUUCUACGGAGAAUAUGCCAAUAGCGGCCUCGGGUCCUACGCAAACAAUAGGGCAGCUAGAUCAAAAUAUGUGACAUCACUAGGGCCCUUGGACUUAUCGUCAUAUUCCCUCAGCGCAGUUUUGGCAGGAGGCAACCCUGCUUUUGCAACGUCCGAUACAACGUGGAUCGACCCCAAUGUGCUCGCUGCCAUCGAGAGCGCCGAUGUUCUUGGCCUUUACCCCCCUCCAGAUGGAUCUGGUGGCGGCCCCGGGUCUUCUGGUGGUAGCGCACCGGGGUCCUCUGAUGACACUUCUGGCAGUGGCUCUGGAUCAGGUUCCGAUGAUGGCUCAGGGUCCGGAAGUUCGUCCAGUGAUGAUUCAGGCACCGGAUCCAGCAGCUCCGGUGAUAGCUCUGGCAGCUCCGCGACGGGUCAGGCACAGCUACGGGAUCUGGGGAUGGCUCAGGCUCGUCCGAUGACGGCUCUAGUGCUACCUCUAGGUCCGGCUCCGGAGAUAGUUCAGGAACAGGCUCUGGGGGAUCAGGCUCUGCGGGCUCGGGCUCGGGCUCUGGGUCUAGCGGCUCUGGUGGCUCUGAAUCCAGUACGAGUAGCUCCGGUUCUGGUGGCUCUACCACUAGUGGCACUGGUAGCUCUAGCACUGGAAGCUCUAGCACUGGAAGCUCUAGCACUGGAAGCUCUAGCACUGGAAGCUCUAGCACUGGAAGCUCUGGCGCUGCUCCGGCUCUGCCGAUUCUGGUACUGGCAGCUCUGGAUCCACUACGACUGGCUCUAG